CGGGACGUCCGUGUUCCUUGUCGCUCGCCGCAGCGCCUGGCGCCCGGGAAGAGGUGGUUGUGAGGGGAAGCAGCUCACGGCUCUCCGGCUUCCGAGGCUUGCGGCUUCUCGGAGGGAGGGGGCGGCGAGCGAGAAGAAUCCGCUGCAGCCGGUCCUCGGCGAUUUACCCGCUGACCUCCGCGCGACGUACCGGCCGCUGCUGUUGGUUGGAGCAUUUGACAUUGUGCAGCAAAGAAAUGGUUAUGGAGAAGCCCAGUCCGCUGCUUGUAGGGCGGGAGUUUGUGAGGCAAUAUUAUACUUUACUGAAUAAAGCUCCAGAAUAUUUACACAGGUUUUAUGGCAGGAAUUCUUCUUAUGUUCACGGUGGAGUAGAUGCUAGUGGAAAGCCCCAGGAGGCUGUUUAUGGCCAAAAUGAUAUACACCACAAAGUAUUAUCUCUGAACUUCAGCGAAUGUCAUACUAAAAUUCGUCAUGUGGAUGCUCAUGCAACCUUGAGUGAUGGAGUAGUGGUCCAGGUCAUGGGUUUGCUGUCUAAUAGUGGACAGCCAGAGAGGAAGUUUAUGCAAACCUUUGUUCUGGCUCCUGAAGGAUCUGUUCCAAAUAAGUUUUAUGUUCACAAUGAUAUGUUUCGUUAUGAAGAUGAAGUAUUUGGUGAUUCUGAACCAGAACUUGAUGAAGAAUCAGAAGAUGAAGUAGAAGAGGAACAAGAAGAAAGGCAGCCAUCCCCAGAACCUGUGCAAGAAAAUGCUAACAGUGGUUACUAUGAAGCUCACCCUGUGACUAAUGGCAUAGAGGAGACAUUGGAAGAAUCCUCUCAUGAACCUGACCCUGAGCCAGAAUCUGAAACAAAGACUGAAGAGCUGAAACCGCAAGUGGAGGAGAAGAACUUGGAAGAGUUGGAGGAGAAGUCUACUUCUCCUCCUCCUGCUGAGCCUGUUUCUCUGCCACAGGAACCACCAAAGGCUUUCUCCUGGGCUUCAGUGACCAGUAAAAACCUGCCUCCUAGUGGUACUGUUUCUUCCUCUGGAAUUCCACCCCAUGUUAAAGCACCAGUCUCACAGCCGAGAGUGGAAGCUAAACCAGAAGUUCAAUCUCAACCACCUCGUGUGCGUGAACAACGACCUAGAGAAAGACCUGGUUUCCCUCCUAGAGGACCAAGACCAGGCAGAGGAGAUAUCGAACAGAAUGAAUCUGACAACCGCAGAAUAAUUCGCUAUCCAGAUAGUCAUCAACUCUUUGUUGGUAACUUGCCACAUGAUAUUGAUGAAAAUGAACUGAAAGAGUUCUUCAUGAGUUUUGGAAACGUUGUGGAACUUCGCAUCAAUACCAAGGGUGUUGGGGGAAAGCUUCCAAAUUUUGGUUUUGUGGUUUUUGAUGACUCUGAACCAGUUCAGAGAAUCUUAAUUGCCAAACCAAUUAUGUUUCGUGGGGAAGUACGUUUAAAUGUGGAAGAGAAAAAGACAAGAGCUGCCAGAGAGCGAGAAACUCGAGGUGGUGGUGAUGAUCGCAGGGAUAUUAGGCGCAAUGAUCGAGGUCCUGGUGGUCCCCGUGGAAUAGUGGGCGGUGGAAUGAUGCGGGACCGGGAUGGAAGAGGACCCCCUCCAAGAGGUGGCAUGGCACAGAAACUUGGCUCUGGGAGAGGAACCGGGCAGAUGGAAGGCCGCUUCACAGGACAGCGUCGCUGAGGCUCCACUGUUGGCAAAGUCUUGGCAGUGGUACAUUAGUCAUCGUGUUUGCAUUCUUGUUAAUUUUUUUUUUGGCUUUGGAAUGUGACACAGCCUUUUUGAUCAUUUCUUUGAUGUGAAAAGCAUCUUUUGGUUAUCAGUUAAAUUGAGGUGGACAUUAAUUCCCCAAUUUUACAACAGGAUUCGCAUUGUUAAUUUAUAAAUCUAGACUUGGAGAAUUAAGGACUGAGAAAUGACCAUAUCUUAAACUGUCUGCAACAAAAUGAACUUAAAAGGACGUGCCCAACUGAAUUCAGGUCCUUUGAGUCAAAAAAAUCCUCUGCUGCACAUUUUGUUUAAGUGUUACUGUUUCUGCCUGUUAAUGUUGGAAACACAAGUAGUGCAAUUUGUGCAAUUGGAGAAUCUUGCCUUUUUCCUUGGCUCCCCCCAAAAAUACAAACCAACAGAAACUUGUUAUGCACUCAUCAAAAUGCACUAAUGGGUACUCUGAACUCAUUAACAUUGACAUCUGCAACAGGAGGCAACAGGGGAAAAAAAUCUUUCAUCUUUUUUUCCAGUAGAGCAUAGUUUGUGAAAUGAUGAGGGCAUUUUUACCUGCUUGCUGUGACCAGCGUGUGUACACAUAAACCUUAACAAGACUACAAAUAUAUUCCAGAAGGAAAUCAUUUAGCUAUGAACUAAAUAACAAAAUUCAGAACUUCAAAUGCUAUGGUCUUGAGUAUUUGACCAGAUUUAGUAGCUCCAUAUCUAAGAUUUUUCUACCUGCCCCUCUUCAGUACAGGGAUGGCUGGCUGCUCAACACACUCCUCCCCCUUUUCCUUUCUUUAAGCUGUGUACAGUGAAAAUUGUCUUUACUGUAUUUUUGUUCUCUGGUAAUGUAAUAAGCAUGAUGGUGCCUUCUAUUAAUACAUCAUUCCAGUCUUGCUGGUAAUUUUGUACAGUAUAGUGUAUGAAUUGCUGUGCUGCAAAGCCAAACAGCUGCAAAAUGUUGAAAAAUCAUUGAGAUGUAUAAAAAUUGCAGUAUCUUUAAAAUCAGUAAAAUUGACUAGCAUAUUA